GUCACUUCCGGUUAAGGUAACUAGAGACGCCAUUUUCAGGACUCUACUAUAGGGGGAAAAUGAGAUGAUAUGGGCUCUGGAGCAAGUAACCAAGCUGUUGGUGUUCCUGCCAACCCUCGAGUAAUCUACUCCGAUGCUUUAGGAAAAAAAGAACGGAAGCGCCUGCGUAUCGAUGCUCCGGUCCUGAUAGAUGUAGAACAUGGCUCUAUCCGCUACAGAUACGGAAACAAAGAAUCUUCAGAUAACGUAAACCCACACAAAACCAAGGGUAAACCAUUUGAGGGGACGGCUAUGGUCGACAAAGACCACUAUUUCUACCAUCAAAGACUCAACGACUUCAGCGAAAAGGGGUCUCGUGAAAAGGAAGAUGACUUCAAAUUUAUGUAUGUACAAAAAGGUCCCAAUCGGGCCAAACAACAAAAGCUGUUUUAUGUGUACGGGAAUGGAUGGAAUGCUAUGGAUGGAAAACGGACCCUCCCCUCGGAUUCAAAACAGGAGGGUACCGACUUUGCCUGGCCACUCGAGACCCGAAUUCCUAACGAUGUCUACUACAACUUAACCUUUAACAUACAAGAAGCUGAGAUGGAAGAGGAGUCAGCUGAAGAUAGACUUGUUGUAGAUCUAUCAUCCACUGCCAAUAAGCAGGCAAUAGAGCUGACUCUGACAGAGACAGAUACAGCAAAAGACAUACAGAAAAAGAUUGCUUACAAAAUUCUGAAGUCUGCCAAUAAUAUUCAUGUCUGUCAUAAAGGGAAGGAGAUUAGAGAUGAAGAUGUGAUUGGUGACCUCAGAGACCCAGAAGAAGGCAGCUGGACGGUGUUCAAAGUAACCAUGAGGCUAUUCUAAGAGGCACUGUACUGGUAUUGUUACCGUAUUUUACAGAGAAAGCAAUGCUUGUUUACUCAAUUUUCAGAUGAGGUCUUUCUUAAUUGGUUAUUAUCAUAGUUCUGUAUUUUCAGUAAUUAUAUUAUGUUGGUGAAUUGUGAUAAUUAUUUUUCAAUCUUUGUUCAAUUUUUUAUGGGAGUUCCUUUUAUAGAAAUGGAUGUAAAACCAAUGCCAUUUGUGUACGGUAAGAAUUUAGAUUUUGAAAUUUCACUCUAUAUAUUGUUGUGGAAAUAGGUUUCUGUCCUAAGCUUUACCGAGUUCGUGCUGGUUUUUAUACAGCACUAUUCAUUGUUCUACCCUGGUAAUCUUAUAUCAUAUGAACAAUGAUAUAAAUUUUAAUGAUAUUUUUAAAGUUUGUUGACUAUUGCUCGAUUUCUUUAAUUUAUUGUUUUUUGAUUAAAACUGUUUUUAACAACCUCUUUAAGGCUUUAUGAUACAAACUCUUAUAGAUACCAACUGUUGGCAUAAACUCUUAUGAAUAUAAAGUUAUAUUGAUACAAACUUUUCUUUGAGUGAAACCUUCAUAUAAUUGUUUGACCUUCAUGUAAUUGUUUGACCUUCAUAUAAUUGUUUGACCUUCAUGUAAUUGUUUGACCUUCAUAUAAUUGUUUGACAGUUUUGUUAAAUACAAGUGUGACUUUACGAAUCCGAUAAUGAAUUGAUGCCCUGAUGUCUUGAAGUCCUUUGUAUAUUGUUAUUGGUGUAUGUAGUUCAGAACAAUCAUUUAUUCUAAUAUUUUCUCUAUGAUUUGAUUAGAAAUUUUGGCGUAAGGCAAUAAUGGAAAUAUGAUUUUGUUGUACUUAUUUUUUUGUUCCACAUUUGAGUUUUUGACUGUCUCAUUAAUGGACCCAUUGAUGAUAUACCAUUUGUUAGAUUAAUCUCUAUGACAUUUCCCUCCAUAUUGUGUUAUGGUAAGAAUUAAGCAUGCUGGACAUGUAUUUCUGAUAGUCAACCUUUAAUGUUUCUUAUCUUUAUAUUCACUUUGCCUUUAACAUGAAUAAAAUGACAAUACUGUGAAAAAGCUGUUUAAAUGAAAGUUUUUAGUCUCAGGAAAUUCUAUUGUGUUAUUGGGAUAGAUUGUUGCUUUAUGAAAUACUGUUAUUUUUGAAGACUGUUCAGCAAAAUAUCUUAAAAUAUCUGUCCCUGCGAGUUAUAAAUCAUCUAUUUAAAAAACACUGCAGCUUAAAUUUCUUAGUCCAGAAAAUUUUGUUAAGUUAAAGUGUAUCUGGAUUGAUAGAAUAUUGGUUUAUUAAACACUAUAAAACAUUUUUAUUUUUUUUUGUAAAAUUUCUGUUUGCAUUUUGGAAUUUUUAAUAUUAAUAACAAUAUUCUAUACGUUUAUUUCAUUUUAUUUUCUUGCCCUUGAUUUUGUCAAAGUGGUCUUCUCGUCAUAAUCAUGCUGGACAUUGUAUAGAAUUGCUAUACUAUGUAUUUUUUAUAUAUAGAAUCUUUGAUGUAUGAUGAUAUAUAUAUAAUCACAUUUACUAGGAAGCUGGGCUUCAAAUGUAUAUAACACUUUUAUAUAAUACUUAUGACAUGUUAUAACUAAUAAACUU